AUGCCUUUGUCAUACGUUCAACUUAAGUUAGACAAGAAACUACAAAAUGAACCGUUUGUCGCUGGUAGUAUUCGCAGUAGUGUUGGCAGUAGCCAGUGCCAGUAUCCACGGCCUCGGCGGUGCCGUGAUAGCUGGUCCAGCCGGUGCCAUCCAUGCCUCCGUGGCACCAGGUGCCAUUGCUCUGGGACACGGCGGCAUUUGGGGCGCCGGUCUGGGAGCCGGUCUUUGGGGAGGACACGGACUUCUUGCCCCUGGAAGCGGUCUCGAAGGUCAAUGGAUUCCCGACAUCAACGAGAAAUUGCACGACGACGGAUCCUACAAACCAUGGAUCUACGGCCAUUAGGAUUUGAGUGUGGAUGUGUUGUUUCUUGUAAAAUAUAUAAUUUAAUAAAUCUUUGUUGAACGCUAGAAA